CACAAGACGGUGUUUGUGUCUGGGUGGAGGAUGGUGAAGGAGGCCUUAGUGACGCAGGCCGACAACUUUGUGGACCGACCCUACAGCCCGAUGGUGACCAGGAUUUAUUCAGGGAACUCAGCGGGUCUUUUCUUCAGUAAUGGGAACGUGUGGAGGAGACAGCGGCGUUUUGCCAUGGCCACGUUACGUACGUUUGGUCUGGCCAGGAGCUCCAUGGAGCAGAGCAUCUGUGAAGAGAGUCACCAUCUGCAGGAGGCGAUGGAGAGGGAGAAAGGUGAGCCGUUUGACCCCGUGCCCCUGUUAAACAACGCUGUGGCCAACAUCAUCUGCCAGAUUGUGUUCGGGAGACGGUUUGACUACAGUGACCACAAGUUCCAGAGCAUGCUGAAGAAUCUGACCGAGAUGGCCUAUCUGGAAGGCUCCAUAUGGGCUCUACUGUAUGACGCGUUCCCAGCACUGAUGAAAUGCCUGCCGGGGCCUCAUAACGGCAUCUUUAGCAACUCAAAAUGUUUGGAGGCAUCCAUCAGGGGAGAGAUAGAGAGGCACAAGUUAGACCUGGACCCCAGCAACCCUCGAGACUACAUCGACACCUUCCUGAUAGAGGAGAAACUCAACAGAAACAGUCAAUUGGGUUUCCACGAUGCCAACCUGGUUCUGUGUUGUCUGGAUCUCUUCCUGGCUGGUAGUGAAACCACCUCGAAGACCCUGCAGUGGGGCCUCAUCUACCUCAUCAAGAACCCUCAUAUCCAGGAAAAAGUCCAGGCAGAGAUAGAUAGAGUGAUUGGACAGACCCGCCAGCCAACUAUGGCUGACAAACCCAACCUGCCCUACACCGACGCUGUCAUCCACGAGAUCCAGAGGGUCGGAAACAUUGUUCCUCUGAACGGACUCAGAACAGCCGCCAGGGACACGAUGCUGGGCGGUUACUUCAUACCCAAGGGAACCUCUGUGAUGCCCAACCUGACAUCUGUGCUGUUUGACAGAAAUGAAUGGGAAGCUCCCGACACCUUUAACCCUGAACACUUCCUGGAUGCUGAAGGGAGGUUUGUGAGGAGGGAAGCAUUUUUACCUUUCUCUGCAGGAAAGCGUGCGUGUCUGGGUGAAGGCCUGGCGAGGAUGGAGCUGUUCCUGUUUUUCGUCAGCUUGUUUCAGAAAUGUCAUUUUUCCACUCUGGAUGGGGUUGAGCUGAGUACAGAAGGAAUCACUGGAGCCACACGCACACCGCUCCCCUUUAAGGUCUAUGCCGAAGCCCACUGAAGCCUGCAAAAGUCCCUACUACAGAUUACAUGCCACAGCAAAGCUGAGAAAUAUUAAACAUCCAUAAGCAGACAACACAUGCUGCAACUUUUGCUAGUUUUCCUGUCAGUACCAUCAUGUUUUUAAAGGUCCGAUAGUGUAGAAUGUGAGGUGUCCUUGUCUUCUUUUAUUACAAAGCAGGUUUAGGUGCAAUAGAAAUACAGUGUAAGUACUGAAAUGCUCAAUCCAGGGAGAAACACACAUAGCCUGUAGAAACUGUGAUUUCAAACAAACCGUCUGCACUUUAGUAAGGUUGUCACAACUACAGUCACUGCCCCCAAGCACGACGAAGGCUGAAAAAACACCCGGCAGAGCUUAAGUGGAAAACAAGGUGGGCGGUGCCUGCUGAGGCCUGUGAGAGCCGACCAGUCAGAGCAGACUGGGCUUUUCAGGAAGAGGGGCCUAACAGGGACAGGAAACAAAAUGAAGGCGUCAGACAGAAGGGGAAAUGUGUUUUUUGAACUUUAAAGCAUGUAAAGAUUUUCGCGUAGACACCUAAAAUAAAAGUAUGAUCUGUAAAAUGGGCAUGGGCAGUAUCGGACCUUUCAGCAGGAGGCCUACAGUAGAUCAGCAAUCAACAAUAUGUCCUGUUUACAAUGAGCGUGAAUUACUGGAGCUGAUGAUGGCUCCAGUGAUGAUAUCACCUUCAUACGGCAUAGACUGAAGGGGAACGAUAGCAUGCUCUUUGUUUUGUCACAUCAUUUCAUAAAGUGUGACUACUUCAUUUUACCAACACUGACUCUUAAGUAACCAGCAAGCAGAAAACAUCCCAUCGAACAUGUCUAUCAUUUCCCAGUUGGACUAUAACAAUGACAGGGUUCAGAUUUAAUUCUGCUUUUUCUGUCUUUUGUUACCUACACUAUUUCUGGUUA